AUGGAAUAUGUUCGUCACCAGAUGACAGAAGAGAAGCGGUUAGGUUGUUUGUGUCAGCUAACUUCCAUUUCUGAAUAUUUCUUGAAUAGUCAGGUGGCAGACCUGCUUCAAGCUUUUCAAAAGCUAUCAUGUGUUGAGCUAGGAAAGAUGGUAAAAUUGGUUUGGGAUUUUAAGGGAUGGAUGGAAAAUAGCCUGAUCAACAGCCACGGUCUUAUGGAUCAAUUUGUAUUUCGGAUCCACACAGUUGACAAAGGAAGAAGGAUACCAAUUUUCCAGUAUAGAAAGGGCGAGAGAGAACGAUUGAUGCCGGAUGCAGCUGAUGACACCACUUAUGAGGUUCAUCAUGAUAGGUGUGGAAUACUGAUAUUCAAGGACAUGGAUUUUCUACAAAGAGCCCCAAAUUGUGUUGCUCCAACGGACAAGAGCAUGUAUCUGGAUCGGAUUUUAAAAGAAACAUGCCCAAAACAACUAAAAUCUGGCCUGCUUACUUCCACAGAGCAGCAAUGGUGGGGGAGUCUUUCAUCGGUGGUCAUGACGUAUCUUAAGACUUCAAGAAAUGUCGAUUUCCCAUUGAUUCAUUUGAUUGAAAGUGUAAAAGAGAUACCAGAAACUCUGAUGUCCCAUCCAGUGGAGACGAGACUUCAAGAGCUCGAGGACAAGACAAUGAAAAGAGCCCUGGUGUACACUGGUAACUAUUUACAUCCGAAAAAGAGGAAAGCAGCAGAGAAGAGCAAAAAGCAGAGAAAAUAAUAAAUAAAGCAAUUCCAAAG